AUGCCGAAGUGCAUUGCGAGUUCUGACCUGGCCGGGGAGGAUACGUACCUGUACGCGCUGGCAAGAUGCUCCGACAGCACGUUUGCGACAACAGGGUCCGAUGACGCUCUGCGCCUGUUUGAUGGACAGACUCUGAAACCCAUUCAAACCGUCAACAGCUGCCAUGAUGGAGUUGCUUGUCUCRCAGCCGCGGGAAAUUCUCACUUUGUGACCGGUGGUCGCGACGGUUUGGUUAGAUGUUGGGACACCCGAGCCAGAAGGGUAUCCGAAAUGGCAGAUCCCCGCUCCAAUGGCAUUUCCUCUCUUGCCUGUAUCGAUUCCUACAUUGCCGCGGGAACUGAAAGCACAAAGGAAGGUUUGGGCGAUGUCAGUGUCCUUUUGUACGACACACGGAACCCGUCAAUGCCAUUGCGGCAGUACAACGAAUCACACACGGACACCAUCACCCAGCUUGCCUUCCAUCCGGCCCAGCCAAAUUUGCUUCUGUCUGGUAGCACCGAUGGUCUCAUCUCAAUUUUCAACGUGGAUCUGGAGGACGAGGAGGAUGCGCUGCAACAGGUCCUGAACCCACGAUCGGCCGUCCACUGCGCCGGUUUCCUCGCACAGGACUUAGUCUACUCUCUCUCCACAGAUGAGCAGUAUUCAAUUCACACUCUGGCCAAGACCGCAUUAGAGGACGAACAACUGCCGCCGCCCAUCGAGUUCGGUGAUGUGCGGGAACCGCUGCAGUGCAUGUACGUGAUCAAUGUGUUGGUGCAGCCCGAUGGGCCACCGCUCAUGGCGUACGGACAUACGGAGAGGCAGACACUGUCAAUCUCGUCUAUGGGCUCGCCGGGAGCGUGGCAGUUUGGGCCAAAGGUUGACCUCAUUGGAGCACAUGGAGACGAUGUAGUGCGGGAUCUCCUGAUACAUCAUCAACGUGCACUCACAUGUGGAGAAGACGGCAAGGUCAAGCUGUGGAAGCUUGACGCUUGA